AUCUACAGAGGUAAGAGUGACGCAUUUCGCACGCGACUCCCAAUGUGUAGUGGAUUGUAUACAUGAUUCUGCGGCGUGGGAGGGUCAGACAGCGAAACAUCGAAAGUGCGUUCAUUUUCAAGAGGAGGAGACAUGGCCACUGUUAGACCUUCGUCACAGACUUCACCUCACUCCGGAGUUUCAGUGCGGCAGCGAGGCAGAGACGCAAAUGUGUGGACUGUGCCUCUCUCUACUGAGGAAGCCACCAGAAGCGUAAGGAAACACGAGGACGCCUAGUGAUCUGUGAAAGUCUACACUGGCUCAGCUGGUAGUAGCUGACCUGAAGUAUCAAUUGUCAGAUUAGGCAUUUUUGCACAUGACAUUUCGGACUUAUUCCCACAACUCUAUGAUCUCAUGUGACUUCGAUCAAGCUCCAUGAUGCACCGAACACAAAGCCACUGCCGCAAAUACUUGAAGAGGAAAAAGGGGCUCACCUCUUCAGUCAAAGGGGUUUCUCAUCUCUCCCGGCGAGCCAAGAGACGGUUGUAUUGUAAAUUACAGCUUUGGAUGUGGAGGAAACGGAGAGAGAAAUGCAGUUUUUGGAUAUUGAGAGCAAAGAAACGAGCAUGCGGGAUAAAGUCUAGCUCGUGCCUCAGCGUGAAGUCACAGAAAAAUAAAAGCAAAGUCGUGUCAUCACCUGGAUGUGAUACCGGUGGCUCAGAGGACACGCUUACAAGGCUGAAGCAGUGUGAAUCUGUCAGUCUGUCUGAAAUGUUCUUUGCUUCAAAGCCCCCACAGAACUGGGUCACAGACACAACUGUUUCUGCCAGUAACGUCUCCGUGCCAACGGCGACGUCUCGAAAAACUUUAACGCAGCUUGGUGAAAUAAAUGACUCCUUAAGACACACAGUCAAACCUCUGAGUAGAGACAGUGAUGGACAUGGGUUAACGACGCAAUUUAAAAAACCCAGGACACUGGCUGAAAGGCUUGAGGUUGACGCCCCGUCAGGACAGUUGACUGCUGUCCCUCCAGGUCAGGACCAGCCUGCACACAGAGCUGCCGUUGACAGAAUCACCAGUAAAAAGUCUGCGUCCUCUCAAAGUGAUGUCAGCCUUAAAGUACUGACAAAAGACAUCCACGAAUUCCUCGAUGACUUUUACAGAAGUUACGGCAGUUUCAUCCCACUACAAAAGAGCGACGUGUUGAGACACCUGAAGAGGAGGUUUAACGCUGAUUUCAUCGACAGGAAAAACGUCAUCUUCCCUGAAGUUACCAAAUACCGAGAUGCGAUCAUUCAGAAACCUGUUCCCUCUUUCCGAGUGGUCUACAAGAAACACACACUGACGCUGGACGACUUGUCCACACUGGCAGACCAGAACUGGCUCAACGACCAGGUCAUGAACAUGUAUGGAGAACUGAUCAUGGAAUCUGCCCAUCACAAGGUCCAUUUUCUCAACAGCUUCUUCCACAGGCAGCUCAUGACUAAAGGAUAUGAUGGUGUUAAGAGAUGGACAAAGCAGGUGGAUUUGUUUUCGAAGAAUUUGCUUUUGGUGCCCAUCCACCUGGAGGUUCACUGGUGUCUGGUGACAGCUGACAGUGUUAAAAAGAGGAUCUGCAUUUAUGACUCUCAAGGGAAUGCACUCCAAAAGGUUGCAAGGAACAUCCUGAAAUAUUUAAUGACGGAAGCAAAGGAGAAGAAGCAAACAGCUUUUGAAAGUGGCUGGACGGUGUCAUUUGAUGAGAAAGUCCCACAACAGACCAAUGAGAAUGACUGCGGAGUUUUUGUCUUGGAGUAUUCUCGAUGCCUUGCCCUGGGCAAGCCUCUGCAGUUUUCACAGAAGGACAUACCGAAGAUACGCAAGAGGAUCUACAAAGAACUCUGUGAGUGUAAGGUCCAUGAACAGGGCUGACCAGUGCGUUACAGUUGUAGUGCUUGUGAUUAGUGUAGGAAAUGAACAGUCCUCACUUGCUUCUGUGUGGGGAUUCAUUAGCAGCUCUACAGCAGCCUUAAAGCUCUGAGUUCUAAAAGUGACCUGAGUAGAAGCAAGUCAGUCUUAUAUCAGGUGCACCGUUCAUACUGAAUCAUAACUCGUGUAUGAUCACUGUAUUUAUAUGAUGAUUAUUUAAUGUUAAUUGCAUGUUAAUAAAGUGACUUGUGUUUACACAUACACGGUGCACCAACAGAGCCUUACUCAGUGGACUGUCUGUCGAAACCGGAUCUGUCACAGUUCAUGUCUGUCUUCAGAUGUUAUUCUCUGUUAACAUUUAUACACACCUUAUUUGCACAUUUUAGUUUUCUGUUUGUUUAGAAGAUUGAAUAGAAGCUAUGUGUAUUUUGUUUGUGAAAAGAAAAUUAAGUUCUGUGAACUGGAAUGAUUGUCCAAAUGACUAUUCCUUUGUUUGUUCCAUAUACAAAUGUCUAUACACAGUUUUAAAUAAAAAGCAGACAGUUUCCAAAUAUUU